AGGAGAUAUUAGCCGAUUGGGCUCCUCCACAUGCGCAGUUCGCUUGACCUUGACAUAUGUGGCUUUCAAACCUCCUUGAGUGAUUCCAGAAAGAACCUUGUUGUGAGACCUUAAACGACCUUUAAGGUUGACUUUCAGAUGUAUUUGAAAUGCGUUUGUGUACCCUUCACAAGGACCUUGAUGUAUGAUCUUGAAAGACCAGAUGUCUUUGGAAUGAAUCGUGCGUAUCGAUGCUCUUAGGAGAAUAUGGGUGGGGGGGGAGGUCUUAUUUAAACUCUGACAUGCCUCUACAGAAUCUUAUUGUAACGUAUAUAUUUUUGGUGUGUGCAGCAUUGUAUAGGUUGUUCAGUAAUUACUUAUAAAGUUUACAUUAACAAAAUGUUAUAUAUAUGUGAAGCUUGUGGUAAAUCGUUUACGCGAAGUUAUAAUAUGCGGCGCCAUAAAGCCGAAUCGUGUAAAAAAGCAACCGACCCUGGACCUUCAACACCUAAACGUCAAGCUCUACACCCAUCAAUAUCAAAUGUUCAGCACACCUGUACGUCAUGUAAUAUCACAAUUCCCAGCAAUCAGAUAUCCCGUCAUGAGAGAACAUUGCAGCAUAGGAAUAAUGCAGCAAUUCCAUUAUCAGAAAACGUCCAAAUUAUUCAAACUGCAUUUAAAUGUAGGAUCGUUAGUUAUCGAGUAUGUGCAGUUAAUGUCUACAUAGAUUACCAAAUGUUCUUUAAUGAAAUAAAAUCCACAGUGUUAGACCUAUUGAAAAACAUAAUUUUUGCUCAUAACAGCAUCAAAGUAAACAUGGAAGUAUUUGGUUCUUAUAUUUUACCAUCCACUGAAAAUUAUAGUAGCGAGAAAUCAUUUAAUACUGCUAAUCAAAUUAUCGAUGGGUCUUCAGACUUAGAUGAGAAAUAUUUAUGGUUUGUCGAUAAAUUGAUGACACAAGCAUCUGAAUUUCUUGAAAAAGACUCAGGUUGGGCCUUACAAAAAAUUAUGUACUUAGAAAUUAACGUUAACAAGUUUAACCCUAUCGGUGGAUCUUCAUUCGUUGAGUUGCCAACUCCCAUUCGGAGAAAAGAAGCCGUUGUCAAUGUCAGAAACAUGGAUCAGUAUUGUUUUGCGUGGGCCAUAACGUCAGCCUUGUGUCCAGCUAAGUCUAAAAUUGCAGAACUAUCUUCAUAUCCACAUUUUGCAACAUUGUUAAAUAUAGCAGGUUUGGAUUUUCCAAUGAAUUUGCGCGAUAUAAAAACUUUUGAACAAUUGAAUAAUAUAUCAGUUAACGUUUAUGGUCUCGAAAGCAAAAUUGAAAAUAAUAAAAUAGUUUGGGAAGUUGUAGGUCCAUUGCGGUACACAGAAAGGAAAUUGGUGGUACAUGUGAAUUUACUAUUACUAAUUGAAGAUUGUAAAGUUAAUAGUGAUGGACAUAUAUGCAAUAUAAAUUGUGUUAAAACACAUUAUUGCUGGAUAAAAAACUUGUCUCGUCUUGUUUCCAGCCAAAUAAACUCUCAUCAACAUAAGCUUUACUUUUGCGAUGGUUGUUUAUUACAUUUCAGUUCAGCACAUGCUUUGGUAUUGCAUCAGAAUCAUGACUGUAAUCACGUGUACACAUCAAUACCGUCUGUGACCCAUAAGCUUGAUAAAUACGGUAAAUGCGUUCCCGAAAACAUUCUAAAAUUCGAAAACAUCGAAAAACAAUUAAGGGUACCGUUUGUAGUAUAUGCCGAUUUUGAAUCAAUUCUUAAACCGAUUGCUACUGUUGCGCCAAGUUCAACAAAAUCAUAUACAUUAAAAAGCGUCAAACACGAACCUUAUUCGUUCGCUUAUUUGAUAAAAUGUUCUUUCGAUGAUAGUUUUUCUAAAUUUGAGACGUAUCGCGGUAAGGACGCCGCUAAAGAGUUUGUUUCUCACAUAGAAAAUGAUUUAAGAAGUAUUUACAACAUAUAUCUAAAAGAUUUUAAGAAGAUGAUCCCAUUGAGCAAUAAAGAAAAACUUGAGUUUAUUAACGCAAAAACAUGUUUUAUAUGUGAAAGAUUAUUUGAUAUCCAAGAGCAAAAAGUUAGGGACCACUGCCAUCUCACCGGAAAAUACAGAGGUGCAGCUCACGGAACCUGUAAUAUAAAUUUUAAAUUACCCAACUUUGUACCCAUUGUCUUUCACAAUUUAAGCGGCUACGAUUCUCAUAUGUUCAUUAAGGAAUUAUGUCGUCAUGGAGACAAAAUUGAUAUUAUUGCCCAGAGUAAAGAAAAGUAUGUCUCGUUUACAAAAAGCAUUUACGUUGACGAUUAUGUAGGUAGUAAGGGUGAGGUAAAAAAGAAAUAUUUAAAAUUGAGGUUUAUAGACAGUUUUAAAUUUUUAUCUACAUCUCUUUCAAAUUUGGGAAAUGGUUUAUCAAUUGAAAACUUUAAGGAAACAAAAAAGCAUUUUCCGGAGAAAGAAAAAUUUGACCUAAUGCGUCAAAAAGGUGUAUUUCCGUAUACAUUUAUGGAUAGUUUGAAGAAAAUGAAUAACCGUUCACUUCCUACUAAACAUGAAUUUUACGAUGAUUUAAAUAACGAACAUAUUAGCGAUGUGGACUAUCAAAGAGCAAAGGAUGUCUGGCGCUUAUUCAAUUGCAAAACUCUAGGGGAUUAUUCGGAUUUAUACUUAAAAUCGGAUACUCUUCUUCUGUGCGAUGUUUUCGAAAAUUUUCGCGAUACAAGUUUAAAAAUACAUAAAUUGGAUCCACUUCAAUACUAUAGUUUACCCAGCUUGUCAUUUGACUCAAUGCUGCGCAUGACCAAGGUAGAGUUAGAAUUGCUAACGGAUAUUGAUAUGAUUCACUUUUUUAAAAACGGUAUUCGUGGUGGUGUAAGUCAGUGUUCGGAAAGAAAACAUAUAGCAAAUAAUAAGUUUCUUCCAAAUUAUAAUCCUUCAGAACCUUCAUCAUUUAUUAUGUAUUUAGACGCAACAAAUUUAUAUGGAUAUAGUAUGUCUCAACCAUUACCAUUAAGAGAUUUCCGUUGGUUAACAGAACGUGAAAUAAUAGAUUUAGACAUAAUGAAUGUUGAAGACGAUAGUAAAUACGGUUACGUUUUGGAAGUUGAUAUACAUUAUCCUAAGCACUUGCACGAUAAACAUUCAGAUCUUCCGUUCUUAGUUGAAAAUAUAGUGCCACCUACGGAAACAUCAAAAUUAACAAAACUAAUUCCGAAUUUAAACGAUAAAAGAAAAUAUAUUGUUCAUUAUCAAACACUCAAACAAGCCAUAAAAAAUGAUCUGAUAGUAACAGAAAUUCAUAGGGUAUUAAAAUUCCAGCAGUCACGAUGGUUAAAAAAAUAUAUCGAUUUUAAUACAGAACUAAGGAAUAAAUCUAAAACUAAAUUUAAAAAAGACUUAUUUAAACUAUAUAAUAAUGCCGUUUUUGGAAAAACCAUGGAAAAUGUUGAAAAUCGUAAAGAUAUUAAAUUAGUCACUCAUUGGGAAAAUAAAGGUAAACGAUUAGGAGCCCAGGCUUUGAUUGCUCGUCCAAAUUUUAAAACCAGCUCAAUUUUUACUGAAGAUUUAGUCGCAAUUCAUAUGGGUAGACUGAAAAUACUAUAUGAUAAACCUAUAUAUACGGGAUUUUCAAUAUUGGAUAUGUCUAAAGUUGUAAUUUAUGAUUUUUUCUAUAAUUUUAUUAAAAAAAAGUUUGGCGCUGACGCUUCUCUAUUGUACACUGACACGGAUUCAUUGAUAUUAAAAAUAUAUACGGAAAAUUUUUACCAGAUUAUGGUUGAAAACCCAACAAAAUUUGAUACAUCAAAUUAUGCAUUUAAUAACAACUACAACAUUAAGAAAAGCGAAUCGAUAUUGGGUAGAAUGAAAGAUGAAUUUCCAUCUGAUCCAAUAAAAUGCUUCUAUGGCACAGGUGCCAAAGCUUAUUAUGUGGCCUCAGUCAACACUGAAAUAAAAAAGGCAAAAGGUGUAAAAAAACCAAUAAUCGCAAAAGAUUUAACUGUAGACGAUUAUAAGAAAGUAGUAGAACGUGGUGGUCUUAUAUUUCGUAAAAUGAAAUCUUUCAAAAGUGACUUGCACGACGUUUACACGAUGAUAACCAACCGAGUGGCUCUUAAUUCUAGAGAUGACAAAAGAUAUCUAAUUCCUACGACAACAAAAACUCUACCUUGGGGGCAUACAGAUAUUGAGUUUUAUAAAACAGAUCCCGAUACUAAUUUAAAUAUAUUUUUAUAUAUCGCCGAACAGAUGCUUCGAGAUGAAAUAGAUGAAAGCGUAUAAGUUGAAAAGUCCUAUCUGUAGAUAUUAGUUUUAAUUGAAAAUAGAAUAUGUAAAUGUAUAUAACUGUGUCCAUUACGCAUUUGUGCUUUGUAAAUGUUUAAAUUUUUAUGUAUUUUUUUUUUGUUAACAUGUUUUAGAAAAGCUUAUUUAA